AUGAGGAUAAACAAAAAAGACGAAAUCGUGAACGUAUUGUUCACCGUAUUUCUUCUUGCCACUCAACAGAUCUGCCUUCUCUAUGGAAUCCUGAACAAUUCAAAAAGCAACAACAUGUACCUAUUGUUCCUAAUUGUGGAUAUCUUCCUAUGCGUGUACAUUGUUCUGAGCCUUUACGAUGAUAACAACGCAGGGGUAAAAAUAUCCAUCCAGUGGAUGAUGUACAUGAUUACGUUGAGUUCAAAAAUGGGAAUUUUUUGUUUUCUGAUAAAAAAUGAAAAAAAGAACAGUAACGAAAAUAGCCUUCUUUUCACAUAUCUAUCAAAUGAUGUGUUAGUAUACAAUUUGCUCUACUUGACACCAUUCAUCUAUCUUUUAUUUUCCCUGAGAAGUAGAAAUAUCUUGGAGAACAUUCUGAACAACAAAAUAGUCGUAGAGAACAUUCUCAGCAUUGACGUUAACAUAAUAAAUCUAUUCGAUCUUAUAGACUUAGUUUUCAUGUAUUCUCAUUUGACCAACCUAUACAAAAUAUUGGACCAUGUGAAGACGAUUUACAGCUUCCAAAACGUACUUAUAAUGCUCAUGGUUGUGUUGGUGGAUAUUUCUCUCUUUGGAUUCUACUUCCCUAUUUAUACCAAUAUAGACAAAUCCUACUCGUACAAUCAACAAUCGGUGGGGGUUUUGAAGGGAGACAGACCUGGAGAAGGGGGUAGAUCGAGGGAUAAUAAAGGUACCAAGCAAUAUGGUAGGAAAAUAAAAAAUAGCAAAAUAAUCAAACACAAGAAGCUUAUUCACCAAAGUGGCUCAUAUGCAAAGUACCAAACGGGGGAAAGGAAGAAGAGGAAUUUCUUUUACGCCACCAAUGGAGGAAGUGGGAGCAUCUCAAUUGGGAGAAGUGGAAGUACCAUAAUUGGAAGAACUACUGGAGGGAGGAGUAGCAUGAGUAGACAUAGUAGUGCAGGUAGCUUGCUCAGCCAAAGAAGUAGUAGACGUGGUCAAAGUGGAAGCAACAGUAGUGUUCGUAGUCAGAGAAAAGCUACUGUAAUCAACCCAACAAAUGUUCGUACCGGAGGAAAUGGACCCUUUCUUGAUAAGUCCAACAUGAAGUACAUGACGACAAGCGCCCCUUCUAAGUUCUUCUACCCAGACAAUAAUACAAAUAUGGGCCUUGUGGACAAAAUGAACCCCUCCUCCUUCGUUUCCAAUAAUUCGAAGGAAUCCACAUAUGCAUCAUCCUACAUGUCUAAGGAGCUACUUUCAAGGGAAUUUUCAAGUUCUUCUUUUUCUUCCUCCUCUGUGAAUUCAUCCUACUUAUCAUCAGAUGGUUCUAACUUUGGCUCUUCCCACUCUGCGUCAUCCACGUCCUCUUCCUCCUACCUGCCGUCCCUCCUGUCCUUCUCCACCAGUGAGAACAAAGUCAAGUCGAAUAAAUCCUACCACCAGAAAUAUAAGGAUAUCUAUACAGACGUGUACAUAACUGCCAAGUUCCACUUCAUUGUGGGGUUCCUCCUCGUCGACGUGCCGUUUUUCAUAUACAGACUCCUCUUCUGCCUGAAGCACAAGGUAAUGCUGACGCUCAUCGUGAAGAACGUGCUGUUCCUCCUGUUCAGGUCGUACAAGCUCAACGAGUACCGACUGGUGGAGAAGGAGAAGUACAAAAAGAACAAGAGCAAUUUGGAUUUCGACUUUUACAACAUGUUCAGUGUAGAUUCUGAGGCGAGUGGGUACCCGAAGGGGGACGGCGCGGGCAAGGGGAAAACGGGAGAGCGACAUGCGCAUAUACAUCCACAUCGACACUUGCAGCGGGGGAGUAGGAUGAAUCUCCACUCAUUUGACAGAGAUGCGAAUGGACAACUUGCAGAAGACGGAGCGGGGGCAAAAAGCAAAAGGGAUCGACGAGGGGACCGGUGGGUACGGAAGAUAAAUAAAGGGAAAGCCAAAAGAGGAAUCAAGAAGGAGUGGGAAAAAACAGACAAGUCAAGGAAGAAGAGAAAAAAGAAGAAAAAAAAAAACAUCGUCAUGCAGGUAUUCAAGGAAGAAUAUAAGGAGAAUAAAAAGAAGCUACUUCUGGAGAAGGUCGCCCUUCAGGAAGAAAGGGGGGCAAGUCGAAAAGGCGAAAGGACCAGUCGAGGAAGUAUACCAUUUGCAAAAAUUAUAGAUAAUAACGGAGAAGAAUACACAGAAAAGCGAAAUGGUGGAGAAGCCCCAAAUGGGGGAGAUACAAAUAAGAAAAAAAAAAUCCGACAAGUAAAAUUCACCUGGAAAGAAAGAAGACAAAUGAAAAAUCAAUUUAGGAAAUUCAAGAAUCUCAUUUAUAAAUUAAAAUACAAAAGGAAGAUACCAAUAUAUCACUUCAAGAUAUGGGACCAUAUCCGAGCGAUGUGUAGUUUUUUAUUUAAACGUUUUGGUAGUUCUAACUUUGUAUACUUGGAUGAUAAGUUGGUUUUUUCAUACUUCACAAAUCUCAAACUCAUGCUUCUUGUACUUCUGAACUAUGUAAUGAAAAUUGGGAUUACCAUAUUUUUUAUUUUCCUCCUGUUAAACAACCAUACACGAUUGAGUCAGGAUGACUUUGUCUACAUGUACGACAUGCCUGUGAAGCCAUUGAAGGAAACUCCUGGGUGGGAUCGGGCAGGUAUGCUCACUUUCCCCCAGAGCUUUGACUUAACGAAACACACAAAUCUGCAACUUCCAAAAGAACCCAUUCCCAUAUAUUAUAUAAACAAAGAGAUGGAAGACAAUUCGAAGAAGUUAGCUAAUCACAACUAUACUCCUAAAGGAUAUAUCCAACUUGAAAUGCCAGAUAGUUUGUUCAAUUCCACAUGGGAGAAUAUAUUUAAGGUCGACAAAUUCUAUAUGUACAGUUGUUUGAUAUUCUUCCUUCUUUAUUUUCUUCUGCUCCUGGGAACAUCUACCUUUUUCGAUAUCCUCUUUGGGGCUAUCCUAAACACCUUAAGUCACUUAUCUUUUUACUUCUCUUUGAAGCAAUUUGUUUUAUUUUUUUUUACUUUCAAUGGGAAUGUAUACAAUAGUGAUUAUGUGUUUCACGAUGGAUACAUUCGUAAGUUGAACUACGAGUUCGAAUACUUGAUGUUGCUUCUAUUUAAUUUCCACCACUUUGCAUCCCUUUUCAAGCAUGCCUCUCUUUUCGUGCGCGUGCUCUUCAACUGCAGGUACAUCUACUAUAGGAGGGGUCUAGGUCGAGGCAGGCGCAACGAACUAAGGCACUCCGUCAGCGUGUACCUCUUAUUCCUGCUAUGCAAGUAUACCCAUGCACCGGUCAACCUCAACACUCUCCUUUUCGGGCAGAAUAUCCUUAACAACAUUCUUCUGAUAGAUAAUAUUAAUAGCUUCACCUGGGUGAAUAUCAUAAUCCUUACUCUCUUCAAGGGUACGCAAAUUCUGAUGACCAAGACCAACUAUUUCAUAAUUGGGCUCUUCGUUCUACACAUCCUUCUGUACGUAAUUUAUGCCAUCCACGCACAGAUACUCAGAUAUAUAAUUCUCCGAAAAAUGGAAAUUCUAUUUUCCUUUAAGAAUAUUCUUAUAUCCAAAUAUGAGGAAGUCCCGCUCGUCCCGGACAAGACCUCUCCCUACGUUACCUGUAGGGACAUACUUAAGUAUUACUCUGAGGAGGGCUUCUUCUCUUCUGAGGGUAACAUGAUACCUAAUUUUAUAUGA